AUGGCCGCCCGUCACUCACGAAAGCUUCUGCGACCACUCCUCUACACUUCCGCGGCCGCGGCUGCCGGUGCGGGAGUGUUGUACAUCUCCUACCGUCCUCGCAACAUUCCGGGCUUGGAAGCCCCCGCCGUCCCUCCACCGGGUUACCACGAGGGAAAGCUCGUCCCGCCCAGUUUCCCGUCCAUCAAGGGUCGCAUUGAUCAGAUCAAAGAUCUGAAGCGAAGCCAGACCGAGGAGCCGUAUGAUCUCCUGGUCAUUGGUGGUGGUGCGACGGGCUCUGGGAUUGCGCUGGACGCGGCCACCCGUGGCCUGCGGGUGGCGGUCGUCGAGCGCGACGAUUUCAGCGCCGGGACGAGUAGUAAGAGUACCAAGCUGGUCCACGGUGGCGUGCGCUACCUGGAGAAGGCCUUUUGGGAAUUGGACUACAACCAGUACGCGCUGGUCAAAGAGGCGCUGCGUGAGCGCAAGUACUUUUUGAACACCGCCCCGCAUCUCUCCCAAUGGCUGCCCAUUAUGGUGCCCGUCCAGAAGUGGUGGCAGAUUCCCUACUUCUGGGGUGGUUGCAAGGCGUAUGACCUUCUGGCUGGAUCCGAGGGCAUUGAGAGCUCCUACUUCCUCACCAAGAGCAAGGCGAUCGAUGCCUUCCCCAUGUUGAAGCGUGACGAUGUGGUUGGUGCUAUGGUCUACUACGAUGGCGCCCACAACGACUCGCGCAUGAACGUCUCCCUAGCCAUGACCGCCGCUCUCUACGGUAGUACCGUGGUCAACCACAUGGAGGUCACCGGUCUGACCAAGGAUACCGAUGGCAAGUUGAACGGUGCUAUCCUGCGGGACGUGAUUCCCGGCAAGGACGGUGAGCAAGCCGAGGAGUUCAAGAUUCGCGCCAAGGGUAUCAUCAACGCGACCGGACCCUUCACCGACUCCAUCCGCAAGAUGGAUGAGCCCAGCACCCAGGAAAUCGUCGCUCCCAGCUCCGGCGUUCACAUCAUCCUUCCUGGUUACUUCAGCCCCUCCAACAUGGGUCUGAUUGAUCCCUCCACGUCCGAUGGCCGUGUCAUCUUCUUCUUGCCCUGGCAGGGUAACACCAUCGCCGGUACCACCGACGCCCCAACCGAGAUCACCUACCAGCCCGAGCCCUCCGAGAAGGACAUCCAGUGGAUCUUGAACGAGAUCCGCGGUUACUUUGCUCCCGACAUCACCGUGGACCGCAAGGACGUGUUGGCCGCGUGGUCUGGUAUCCGACCUCUGGUCCGUGACCCCGCCAAGAGCUCCUCCCAGGCUCUUGUCCGGAACCACUUGAUCAGCGUGUCGCCUUCCGGUCUGUUGACCUGUGCCGGUGGCAAGUGGACAACCUACCGUCAGAUGGCCGAGGAGGCGGUUGAUGAGGCGAUCGAGGCCUUCCACCUGAAGCCUCGCGAGUUGCACAACAUGCCCGACAUCAGUGGUGCUGGUGGUAGUGGUCUCGUGGCCGACGGUGCUACCCUGGACGGCAGCUGCCAGACCCACCAGGUGCGCCUGAUCGGUGCCCACGGUUUCUCCCAGACUCUCUUCAUCAAUCUGAUCCAACACUUUGGGUUGGAAACCGAUGUUGCCAAGCACCUGUGCACCUCUUACGGUGACCGCGCUUGGCAAGUGGCUGCCUUGUCCUCGCCCACCGGCGCCCGCUACCCCGUCCGUGGAUGCCGUAUCUCAGCCCUGUAUCCCUUCGUUGAUGGUGAGGUCCGUUACGCCGUCCGCCACGAGUACGCCCAGACUGCCGUCGAUGUGAUUGCUCGCCGUACCCGCCUGGCCUUCCUCAACGCCGAGGCGGCCCUGGAGGCUCUCCCCAGCGUCAUUGACUUGAUGGGCGACGAGCUCAAGUGGUCCAACAAGCGCAAGGAGGUUGAGUGGAAGGAGUCGGUCUCUUUCCUGUCCUCCAUGGGUUUGCCCAAGAGCCUCUUGACCUUGACCCGUGAGGAGGUUCAGAACGGUCGUGUGAAAGAGCUGGAUAGCCAGGAGCGCAAGCACUUUUCUCGCGUCGAUCCUCCUGCCGAUAUCCUCGAGGGUGACACCAAGAACCCCAAUGCCGACCCCUUGAUCUCCAAGGACUCUCCUGCCAACAAAUAA